AUGUUACUUAAGAGUUGUGUUACCAAUAACUUGAUAAGAAGGUUCCAGCCAAUUCUAUUUGUAUAUGGUACACUGUUCAAGCACUUUGCUCCUACUUAUCGAAUUUUAAAUAGAUCGAAUGUUAUUCUAUCGUAUAAGAUACUCAGCGAAGGUGUUACCGAGACAGAUGAACCGCCAAUUUUCCUCUUUCAUGGUUUGUUAAGCAAUAAGAAGCAAUGGGAGGGCAUGGGGAAAAUAAUAUUGAAUCUAACAAAAAGAUCAGUAGUAGUUGUGGACUUACGAAAUCAUGGCAACAGUCCUCAUAUGGGCAGUCACAGAUAUGAAGACCUCGCGGCGGAUAUACUGACUCUGUUUGAGAAGCUGGGAGUUGAACAAGCGAGUCUCAUCGGACACAGCAUGGGAGGGAAAGCUGCUCUGUGUUUAGCUUUAACUGCGCCGCUUAAAAUAACCGGUGUGUUAGUAGUAGAUAUAUCUCCCGCUUCAGUCACACAAAGCUACAAGGAAGAAUACCCCAAAAUACUAAAUGCUAUGAAAGCAGUUGACUUCAAGAUGCCGAAAAAAGUGAAUCACGCCAAAAGGGAAGCUAAGAAACAACUGAAAGAAAUGAUUACAGACGAUUAUCUUCUCAAUACGAUUCUAGACAAUAUAAAAAUUCGCACAGAUUCGACAAUCGGUUGGGCAGUUAAUAUCGAUGUUCUGUUAAAGCACAUUAAUGCUAUUGCAAGUUUCCCCAGGCCACUGAGAAGAAAGCGAUAUUUUGGCCCCACGCUAUUUAUCGGCGGCCAGUUGUCUGAAUUUAUUCCGCCGGACGAUUUACCAGUUAUUCGGGACAUGUUUCCAAAAGCUGUUAUAACCUACAUCCCGAAAACAGGACACAAUGUGCACAUUGACGAUCCAAGAUCGUUUUUAGAAAUUGCGAUCGCUUUUAUCAGGACUCACCACUAUAAACGUCAGUUCAAACCCCCGGUAGUUCCAUAAAUACUAUGUUAAAGGUUCAAUUGUUAGUAAGCAUUAAAUAUGUUAUUACCA